AGCUAACGGCCAGAGAAGUUUCCUGUUAGAGGAAAAGGGAAAAAGUGACUUCUCAUUGAGAACACUGGACACUUAUUGGACUCUGGGCUGUUUGGAGGCUUUUCUCCGAGGAACAAAAGCGAGUCUGACGGUUCUUGCUGAUCAAUCUGCCAGUAGCCAAGAGAGGAACUUCAUUAUUAACCUGAAGGAACCAAACACCAAAGACAUGAAAGAGGAAGAACCAGAACCUCAAGGAAUUAAAAAACAACAGCUUGGACUGUGUAUCUUUCCAGAUGAAAAGCAACUUAUUAAGCAGGAGACGGAUGCUUUUGUAGGGUUUUCUGCUUGUGACAAACAAUUUCAAGUUGAACCAGAACUGCAACAGAUGAACAUGACAAUGGAGGAACCAGAACUUGUACAGAUUAAAGAGGAACAUGGGGAUCUCUGGAGUAAUGAGGAUGAGGAGCAGUUUGUAGUGAAGCAGGAGGCUGGCACCUUUAAGGUGACUCCUCUGGAUUUAAAACAUGACACAAAUGAACCAGAAGAGAAAAUGAACCAACUUCUCAAUGCAGACUCCCCUGAAGGUGAGAAGCAGCAUCAGCAGGAUAAUAAUCAAGAAGAGUCAGGAUCAAACACAGAUAAAGAGCUUAAGCGUAAAAAGAGACGACAGAAAACCAAAGAUCACAGUGAUGGUUCAAAACUAAAAAGACAUAAAACCAAUAAACCUUGUGAAGUAUGUGGUAAAUGUUUCACCAAGUGUAGAUGUUUGCCUAAUUACAUGAGAGGAAAUACAGGGGAGAAAUCUUUCCUGUGCGUGGUUUGUGGAAAAGGUUUCCCCAGUCAAAGUCAUUUAAUUAUCCACAUGAGAGUCCACACAGGGGAGAAGCCUUAUUCCUGUCCAACUUGUGCAAAAGGGUUUUCUCGUAAAGACAACCUGGUUAAGCACAUCAGAAUUCAUACGGGCGAAAAGCCAUACACUUGUGAAAUAUGUGAUAAAUCUUUCAGCGAUGGUGGUCAUCUGGGUCGUCACCUGAAAACGCACACAGGUGAGAAGCCUUUUUCCUGUCCAACUUGUGCAAAAGCAUUUUCCCAGAAAGGUAACCUGAGUAUGCACAUAAAAACUCAUACGGGCGAGAAGCUCUUCGCAUGUCAGAGCUGUGAAAAACUGUUCACCCACCAACGUAAUUUGAUUGUUCAUAUCAGAACCCACACAGGUGAGAAGCCACAUUCCUGUAAAGUCUGUGAAAAGGCUUUCAUUAGAAGUGGUGACUUGGAGGUUCACAUUAGAACUCACACCGGUGAGAAACCUUAUUCUUGUAAAGUCUGUGAAAAGUCCUUCAUUAAAGGUAGUAAUUUGGCCGUUCACAUGAGAACUCACACAGGUGAGAAACCUUAUCAUUGUAAAGUGUGUGAUAAAUCUUUUACUUCCUGUAGUAGUAGGAUUAAACAUAUGAGAACUCACAGGUGAGAAGCUGUGUGCUUAUAGUGUGUGAUGAGUCUUUUAGAAACAGUUGUCAUCUGGCUGAUCACACAUGUGAACGCACAGGCGAGAAACCUUUCCCGCGCCUGUGACUAAAGUUUCUCCAAGCAAAGCAGUCUACACUGCGUUCACACUCCAGGGAAAUGCCCAUAUAUGACCCGCAUCCGUUUGUUUCAUAGCAGUGUGAAUGGCUCAAUUCCAAUCUUUUCACCCCCCCAUAAAUCUGAUUUGUGCCACUCCCAUUUGUGGUACUAAUUCUGAUAUGUAUCAGAUAUUUUUCAAAGCAUCUGCAGUCUGAACGGUCAUGCUGCAUUUUAUCCAUCAUUCCUUGCUCUCACUACACAUCCACACACAGUAGUAGCAGUUUGCGCUCCAUAAAAGACCGUUGUUAAUACCUGUGCUGCUCUGUUCUUACCUUACUUCUUGCUAUAAUGUGUUCUUAAUAUUCUUGGCUCUCAUUGCUAGACAGCUUUCUAAUAAAGAGAGACCCACCGGUAUCUGCAGGGUUUUUUUCUCCAAGUUUUUUUUUUUUAACAAACCUUUAUUGAGCACUUUUAGAAACAAUUACAUUCACCAUUACUUCCGUUAAUAGUGUGUUGCUGUGCGACGUCUGUUCUCUGCGCAUGUGGUCGCUUUGCGGUCUUGAACCGUUUAGACAAAAGUCUGAUGACGGCGAAAUUUAUUAGUAGUAUGAACGGCCACCCCAAAAAAAAGGUCAGUUUAAUCCUUAAAUCACAAGUUUUAACCCGUGUUUAUUCAUGGAUUAAAUGUGCCAUCUACUAAAAAAUUAUAGACUUGAUGUGGUAGUGAAUCAUUAGAAUGAGAUGGGUUUGGGUGAUAAUUUAAAUUUGCCAUUCCUCUAUUGUUCAUCUGGAUAAAUGAUCAGGCUCUUGUGAGGUUCAAAUAUAAAAUGAUCUACUAAUUUUUGACUUAAUUUUUUAGUUUUAUGGUUUAUCUGUAAAGUCUCUAUUAAUAGAUGUCAUAGUGAACUUAUGCCCAUAUUCACAAGGAUUCCUAAGAUUAAAAGUAGUUCUUAGUGACGUCAUUUUAGGGAAAAUCUUAAAAUUUCAAGAAUUCUAAGAUUUUUCAUGUAAUUUUACCUCGGUAAAUUAAAGGUUAUCCACAAAGUGUCAUAUGCCUGAAGUGGAAAAAAGUUGAACAGUGAGGAGGACUUUUAGCAAGCCUAAGGCUGUGUUAAGCAGAGAAGAUGGUGGAAACAGAGAGCUGUUGGGUAGGUACGAAUUUCUUCCUAGGAUAGGAGCUCUCUGAGAGACUCUGAGGGUCUUUGUGAAUAUGGGCACUGGGUCUACUCUUUCUCCACCUGUGUUAAGCUUUUGACACUCCCUUUUUCACUUCUAACUGCUGGAGCACUUCUCCAUGGAGAUCUUUUCUUCCCAGAAACAACCUUCACUUUAAUUGGAGCAAUGUAGACAAUGAUGUCUGAAACUUUAAAUUGAAAGUUAUCUACUAGUUCAUCUACUGAUUUCUCAGGGGGAGUGGUGGCCUAUUGGUUAGAGCAGCACACUUGCACCCUGGGGAUUGAACUGGGUGCUUGCAACCGUCAUCGGAGACUGCCACAAAGGGUCCCUGAGCAAGGCCCAUUGCUCCCAGGGUGCCACUCAGUGUAGGCAGUCCAUUGCACGCUGAGGGAUGGGUUAAACACAGAGGCAAAGUUCCUUUGUCUCGGCAUCGUCCUUAAAAACGCGUUUUCUUAUGAUGUCCCUUUAACUAGAUGAGUCAUUGGAAAUGAAGCUUUCAAAGUUAACAGAAAAAUGAUCAGAUGGGGCAACAUCAGUUACAUUGACUUUGGAAAUGUAUAGCCCCUUAGUGAUGAUUAAGUCUAAAAUAUGUCCUUGUUUGUGUGUUGGCUGUUGGACAUUUUAAGAAGUUGAUGUUAUCUUCUGCUUAUGUUAUUAGUCUUUUUUGCAUGGCCUCUAAUGCUUUUAAAUUAUAUCCAAUUUCUCUGUUAUGUUUAUUUCCUUACUAUAGCAUUUUUAAUGUUUUAGAUGUUUAUGUAUUUGGUACAGCACUUUGGUCCGUUUUGUAAUUUAAAGUGCUUUAUAAAUAAAGUUGGAUUGUUGAGUUAAACCAAAGUUUCUAUGUGUGUCACAUAGUUCUUUUGCACCUCUGUAUUCGGUCUGCCACAAUAAUUAAACAGUCAUAAUCAACAUAUAUCACAGAUGGGAGGUCACAAAGAUCAUUUUAAAAGUUAGAGUUUGACUUAGGAGGCCUGUAAACGUUCAGAAACAUAGUUUGUACCAGGCUCUUUACCUGGAGAGUCAAUUUUUCCUACAACCACCUUUUUACAUGUUGGGGAAUCACUAAAUAAUGUUGCCACUCCUCCACCUUUCCUUUGAUGUCUGCUCUCACAAAGAAAAUUGUAGUUUGGAGGAGUCGACUUCAUUAGAAUAGCUGCUUCAUUAAGUUCAUGUAACCAUGUUUUUGUUAAAAACAACAUCAAGAUUAUUAUCAGUAAUGAAGUUAUUGAUUAAAAGGGACUUUCCUGACAGACAUCUAAUGUUUAAC